AUGGAGUGGUGGGGCGAGCUGGUGGGCAUCUUGGAGCGAAGGGCGGGGCCGGUCAUGCACGCCCUCACCUUUGUGGAGCUUAACGGCAUAAAUCUCGCACCGCUCCUUCGGCGAUUCAGCUCCCUCACACUCCUUUCCACUCCCACCUCGCUCAUCCUCGAGACGCGGUUGCACAAGUACUCGCCCGAGGUGCAGGAAGGGCUCCUGACCUUGGUGCUGGCACAGCUGCGCCGGCUGCCCGCCGCACUCGUCGUCGACUUUGUACUGGCCUACGCCGACGCCCAGCCGUCGCCGAUGCGCCGCGAAUGGCCGCGGCGGCUAGUCAGCCGUAUAUGCCAGCAGCUCAGGGCGCUCGACGCGAACGUUUCGUUUCCGUUUCGCCUGCGCGCGAUCCUGCAAUCGGCUGACGAGGCCGAAGACGACGCGCGGUACAAGGUGGACGUGAGCGUUCUAGACCGCGAUGGCGAAGGCCAAGGCGAUGAAGGGGACGAAGACGAAGACGAAGAUGAGGGAGAGGCCGAAGGCGCGGUGGUUGAGGAGGAGGUGAUCGAGGUGCUGCCCGAGGACGAGGUCGUGCAGGAGGUGGAGUGGGACAUGGACCUCGACGAGCACCAGUCGCCCGAGCGAGCCCAGCGGGAGCGAGAACUGAAGCGAAAGCGAAAGCGCGACCGGGCGGCGACCAACAACAUCAAUAAGCGGCGAAAGGCCGACGACGUCAGCGAAAAUGAAGACGACGAAGAAGAAAAGAACGGAGCCGCCGGCGGUGACGACGAGAACGAAGACGACGAGGUGGGCGUGGAAGUGGAGCUCGACUUCCAACUGUCGUCGGACGACGAAGCCGGCGGCGGCGAGGAGGAGGAAAAGAACGGUGACGACAAUGAGGAGCACACGCACGAGCGGGACCCGCUGGAGGAAGAGGGGGAGGACUACAUGGACGAACCGGCGGCGGCGGCGGCGGCGGUCACUGCGGAGGUCGCCGAGCAGCUCGCGGGGCUGCGACGCGAGCUCGAGACGCUCGGGCAGGAGGGCAAGACCGACAUCACCGAUCACUCGGCCCUCGACCUGCUGCGCCAGCAUCCUCAGGCACCACCUUUCGCCCUUCCCUGA